UAUGUUUUAGAGAACAGCCCACACAGUGGCAGAGACGAACUGCUCUUAUAAGAAGACGAAGUUAGAGUAUAAAAUAUGGCUAUCAGCUCCCCCACAGACAAAUCCAGCUUACAGGUAAUACGGAUAAACCCCUCCAAGCAACUCCCCACUAAAGAUGCUGAUGCCCUCAAGCUCUUCAUCGGUCAGAUUCCUAAACACUUUGACGAGAGUGAGAUAAGGCCCAUAUUUGAUAAGUACGGGGAGAUAUAUGAGAUUGUUAUCUUGAAAGAUAGGGCUACGGGCGUGAGUAGAGGAUGCGCAUUUUGCACGUACUGCCGGCGGGAAUCUGCCCUCAACGCACAGCGAGAUCUCCACGAAAAGAAGAUUUUACCAGGCAUGCAUUUCCCAUUACAAGUGAAGCCAGCAGAUAGCGAAACCAGACCAGAUGGCGGAUUGGGCCCAGUUGAAGAAAGAAAACUGUUUAUCGGAAUGCUCUCAAAAACAAUGAAAGAAGAUGAGUUACGAGACAUGUUCUUACCCUUUGGCUCUAUAGAGGAAUUGACGAUACUAAGGAAUCCGGACGGUACAAGCAAAGGUUGCUCGUUCCUUAAGUUUACCCAAAGAUCAGCCGCCCUGAACGCUAUUAAUGCUAUGCACAACAGCCGAAUAAUGGAGGGCGCAUCAUCACCACUAGUAGUAAAGUUUGCCGACACAGAGAAAGAUAAAAUGAUGAGGAGGAUGAACUCCUCGGUGGGUCUGGUGUACGCAGGAUUUCCAGCCAUGGCUGGCUCUGUCAACCAGUACGCAAUGUACCAGCAGCAAAUGUUACAGCAACAGGCACUGAUGCUACAAGGUCUCAUACCUGGUCAGUCUACCAUCGGAGCUUCUGCCAUCCCUGAAGGAGCUCUAGUUGGAGGUCAGUCUCCAGCUGCUACAGCAGGACUUUUCGGGAACAUCCCCAUGGCGAUCUCGUUCAAUCCCCAGCUGGCUGCUCUUAACAUGCAGGCCUCCCGGGUCCCACAGAAAGAAGGGCCCGAAGGAGCUAACCUCUUCAUCUACCAUCUGCCUCAAGAGUUUACCGAUUCAGACCUGUUUCAAACAUUUGGUCCGUUUGGUAAUGUCAUCUCCGCUAAAGUCUUUGUCGACAAAGUCACCAAUCUUAGCAAAUGCUUUGGGUUUGUGAGUUAUGACAACGCCAUAUCAGCCCAAGCUGCCAUCAACGCUAUGAAUGGCUUUCAGAUCGGAAUGAAACGACUCAAAGUUCAGCUGAAGAGAGCGAAGGACACAAGCAAGCCCUACUAGACAUGAAAGUCAGAUAAUCCCUUUACAGUAUGAUGAUGAAUAGCUGCAGCAAGUGAUGAGCUUGCCCAGGGACUUGCGCUGUUGAGCCGCGUGUGAUCUGUAGCACGUGUUGUGUGACGUCACGUGUUGUGUGACGUCACGUGACGCGCAGUAAGCGACGUCACGUGAGAAUGAGCACGUAAUGACGCGGCUAGAUAGUAGGACUACAACAGAUUUAUUUUUGUAGCCCCAAACGCAAUAAGAAACUUGCGAAGACUAUGUGGAUAAAUCUCAUGAUGAUAAUUAUAUGAUCUUAAAAUUUAAUUCAGAAGUGAUUAGAUUUAAACGAUAAUAAUUAUAUAUUAUAUAGGCUCUCAUAAGAUUUUUAGAUUAUGAUAUGCAAUUUUAUGAUACAUUUAUCGAAUUGAAAUUUUUAAAAGCUUUUCAAGCGUGUGUAUGCGUAACUCUCGUGUCGAGUUAUGUUCGGUAUUCCAUGUUAAGAUUAUUUUUCAAUGGUAAAUCUUGUAAAUAGCGAAAAGUAUAUUAUAAAAAGUGAGAUUUUUAAGGUUUCUUAUUAUGCUAGUGAAUUGUUUAUUGAUAUUGUUUACUGAAUCAGUCUCUUAGGAGCCAUUAGAUUUAUUAGGGAACGUGUCGUAGAAUGUUUUACCGCAAAAUUUCACAUUGCUCCUCUACGUUUAUUUCCACCGUUCAUUCACUCUCGCUCAAGAUAAGGACCUUGUUUGUUUACAGUAACUUAAGCUUCAUACAUACUCACCGAGCCCUCUUAAAGAUUUUUGUUUCAAGUACGUCAAUGAUAAGAAGUUAACAUAUUUGAGACCGUUAUGAUAUAUUUAUUAGUUUAAGAAGGAAGCAAGUAAUAUAAUUUCACGGAUCCGCCACCCGUUUCCAUUGCAAGAAACUUAAUAUUUUGUUCCCACAGUAUUUGUCACGAGAAUUCUCUCUUGCAAUAACCGGGUGGCAGGUUGCAACUGUUGAGUAUAUGAUAAGCUUCUCAAUGAGAUAUGAGCCAUUUCCACGAGAAUAAAAUGUUUAUAACUUAACGGCGGUUUUUAUUUAUAAUAUUUAUUAAACUAGAGUAACUUGUACGCAGAAUUUUAUCGUCAGGGCACAUUUUUUCAUUAGGUUAAAUUUUUAUAAUACAUCAUUAGGCGGAAACUUCUCGGUAUCUGAAUCCUAAUUGAAUAACUGAUCGCAGUUAAUAACUGUAUCAGUAUUCUUCCUGUUUAACCGAGGUAAUGAUACUAGGAACCUCUCUAAUUUUUAAUCAUCCUAACAAUCGUUGCCCUGACGAUAAACUCCAAGUUACAUUGGGUUGUGUCCUGUAUCGAGAUUGUGAGGUGAACUUUUUAUCUUUCUUGUCCAGAGUAUAUCAUGCGGAGAUCUUUUCAGUGUGAGAUGCGUGAUCAGGUGAUUACAUUAUGUGUGACCAGGUGAUUACAUUAUGUGUGAUCAUGAGAUUACAUUAUGUGUGACCAUGUGAUUACAUUAUGUGUGAUCAUGAGAUUACAUUAUGUGUGAUCAGGUGAUUACAUUAUGUGUGAUCAUGUGAUUACAUUAUAUGUGAUCAGGUGAUUACAUUAUGUGUGAUCAUGAGAUUACAUUAUGUGUGACCAUGUGAUUACAUUAUGUGUGAUCAUGAGAUUACAUUAUGUGUGAUCAGGUGAUUACAUUAUGUGUGAUCAGGUGAUUACAUUAUGUGUGAUCAUGUGAUUACGUUAUGUGUGAUCAGGUGAUUACAUUAUGUGUGAUCAGGUGAUUACAUUAUGUGUGAUCAGGUGAUUACAUUAUGUGUGAUCAUGUGAUUACAUUCUGUGUGAUCAUGUGAUUACAUAUUGUGUGAUCAUGUGAUUACAUUCUGUGUGAUCAUGUGAUUACAUUCUGUGUGAUCAGGUGAUUACAUUAUGUGUGAUCAGGUGAUUACAUUCUGUGUGAUCAUGUGAUUACAUUCUGUGUGAUCAUGUGAUUACAUUCUGUGUGAUCAUGUGAUUACAUUCUGUGUGAUCAUGUGAUUACAUUUUGUGUGAUCAUGUGAUUACAUUCUGUGUGAUCAGGUAAUUACAUUCUGUGUGAUCAUGUGAUUACAUUCUGUGUGAUCAUGUGAUUACAUUCUGUGUGAUCAGGUGAUUACAUUAUGUGUGAUCAUGUGAUUACAUUAUGUGUGACCAUGUGAUUACAUUAUGUGUGAUUACAUUAUGUGUGAUCAUGUGAUUACAUUAUGUGUGAUCAGGUGAUUACAUUAUGUGUGAUCAGGUGAUUACAUUAUGUCUGAUCAUGUUAUCACGCUCUUCUUCCCCUGACCGCGUUAAAGGUCGCGACUAAAAGAUUUUCAGUUGGAUCGUAUGUAAAUUUAGUCUUAUAACUGUAAGGCAUGAUUGUCAUGCGAUCCGUGAAAACGUACUUCCAAUCUUUUAGCCGCAACCGACAGUUCUGAUCGUUGAUCACACUCGCCUAUGAGUUGCGUGCUUCCUACCCUGAUUACAACCAACUUGAUCUAAAAAACCAGACCUGCUUUAUAACUAGACAUAAGCUAGUUGCUGUAUAGACAUCAUUUUGUAAUAGCGUAACGUCAAUUGCAUUACAAUCAUGUAAACGAAUAGACAAAUAUUUGAACACCUUCGUGGGCAUUAUUAUUGAACUUAACACAAAUCCGUUAAGGCAUAAAGGACCAAAUCCUAAAUGCUGAAACUGUUGAAUAAUUUGGCUGAUAAAAUUUAGUUCCGUCACGUUUUUGGUUGUGAUCAGGUGAUAGAACCCUCAACUUAUUAGCGAUCAACUGUUGUUAACAGAAUAAAUUAUUCUAAGAUUGUUCCGCUUCAGAAAUCAUCCCAAAACUCUUAGAUUUGUUAAAUUGUGGCAGUCAAAAUUAAUAUUUCAGUAAUUUUUGCCAAUACGUUAUCUUUGAAAGAAUUGUCAUGUUUUCCAGCAGGCAUUUAAAAGUUCUGUGGAUCAUAUUAUCUAAUGAGACUCGUGUCUCUUCUGACGAGACUCGUGUCUCUUCUGACGAGACCCUUGUCAAUGUUUCCUUGUCCGCUAAGUGUCAGCUGAGUUCAUGUCAAAUUUUCUGCUAUCGCCGCCCAAUAACAAAGUGCGAUACCAGUUUCCAGCUUGAGUUACAGCCAGGGGAAUGUCUUUAUUUCCUCACGAUUCAACCAAAUAUCUCUGACUAACCGGUACUGACAAUGUUUAUUGAGGGGCGCAGAUAGCACGCUAUAUUUAAACCGGGGUGUGUGGAUGUGUUUCAUGUAAUUUUAAAACUGUGAUCGUUGCUAUAGUGACCGUGUUCUGUCGUGGGGGUACUACGUGUAGUGUGGCGUGUUGACCUAUUUAACUGAGCUUUAUUGUUUUAUCUUGGAAUACACUUUCUUAACACUGAUGAUGAUGAUAUAAACUUCACUAAACAUAAUAUACAUUGUUGUAUGAGCCUGGGUAAAAUGCCAUGAUUUGUUUAUAUUUUUGAAAAUACUUCUAGAUAGAUGUGCUAGAUUGGUGGACUGAGUCUGCCACUUGGUAAAUAUUUGGUAGUUUAAAUGAGUAAUAUAUGAUAUUGAGGCUUGGAAUUAUGUGCAUAUUGUAUAUGUGCAGACCUUUAUGUGUUUAGCAGACUAAAA